AUACACAGAGGAUCGGUCGAAUGAGAGGGUGGUUACCUAGCUACGGAUAUAGCAAAGUAUAACCCAAAAGAAUGGUUGAAGAUUCGAACAUGUAUACGUGGGAGGAAGUAGAACAACGAGUGAAGAGCGGUGAGAAGUGGAUCGUAGUAGAAAAUAAAAUUUACAAUGUAAAAAAUUGGCAAAGGAAACAUCCUGGCGGAGCUAAAAUAAUCGCCCAUUUCCAUGGCCAAGACGCCACAGUAAGCUAUUAAUAAUUUUCUAUAUAUUCUAUUGAAUAACUACCAUUAAUAAACGUGUUCAUAUUUUAAUCAGGAAGCUUGGCGUAGUAUGCAUAACGAUCUCAAGCUUAUACAAAAGUAUAUGAAUCCUCUGUUAGUUGGUCGAAUCAAAAAUGCAAAAACAGUAAGUUUUUUUUAACUAAAGAACACUAUUAAGAAAAAUGCUGAAUUAGGAAAAUCUCUAUUAUCACACUCCUUGAAAAAAGAAUUCAUUCAUCAAACUUUCUUAUCACUUCCACUGAAUAGAUAAUGAAUAGGAGAAUAUUCUAUUCUUAAUAUUAAACAAUCAAAGUAAACGAGUUUAUACGUGUAUUUUAUUGAACUUAUAGCCCUAGUAUAAACUGCGGAUAUCAGAUUUAUAUACCGUCUAAUAUGUAAUAAACUGUACUUUUAACAGGAUAUUUUUUAAUCUAUUUUUAGAAUCAACUUACAGAAGAUUUUGGGCAGUUAAGAGAAAAGUUUAAAAAUAUGGAGUUGUUUAAAGUUCAACCAAUAUUCUACUUAUUACAUUUUCUUCACAUAAUUGGUAUAGAAUGUGUAGCUUGGUAUCUCCUUUGGCAAUUCGGAGAUUGUUGGCCCGUAUGGUUGGUUUCAGCAGGACUUUUAGCGACUGCACAAGCUCAAGCUGGAUGGACUCAACACGAUUAUGGACAUUUAAGUGUCUUUAAUAAUUUCAAAUUAAAUCAUCUCUUUCAUCAAAUUACAAUUGGUCAUUUGAAAGGAGCUUCAUCUCAUUGGUGGAAUUUUAGGCACUUUCAACAUCACGUUAAACCAAAUAUCCAUAAAAAAGAUCCGGAUAUAACUCUACCGCAAGUAUUCCUUCUAGGUGAUCAUCUACCAAGAGAAUGGGGUAGUCAGAAAAGAGGCAAAGCCCCAUAUAAUCAUCAACAUAAUUACUUCUGGAUUCUCGGUCCAUGGUUUCUUUUACCGGGCUACUUUCAUCUAGAAAAUAUAUAUUUUGUUUUAAUGAGAAGAGAUUGGUACGACGUUCUAUGGAUGUCUACCUUCUUCCUUAAAUUCUUUUAUCUAGGGAACAGUAUAUUAGCAGGAGGUUGGGCAACUUUUAAAUUCUAUAUGUUUGUCAGAUGGUUAGAAUCUCACUGGUUUGUCUUUGUUACUCAAAUGAAUCAUCUUCCUAUGGAAAUUGGUAAAGAUCAUAAUAAUGAUUGGGUAACUUCCCAGUUGAUUUCAACAUGUAAUGUAGAACCUGGAUUAUUUAAUAAUUGGUUCAGUGGUCAUUUAAACUUCCAAAUUGAGCACCACCUCUUCCCAACAAUGCCACGACAUAAUUAUCCAAAGGUGGCACCGUAUGUUAAAGAUCUUUGUAAGAAGCACAACGUGACAUACGUCGAGAAAAAAUUGGGAACAGCAUUUGCCGACAUAAUUCGUAGUUUAAGAAAAUCUGGCAAAUUAUGGUUUAAUGCUUAUUAUCACAUUGAUUGAUGCACAAAUUUUAACGAUACUCCUUUAUGCAAUUCUUGAUACCUUUAUUAUCUUUCCACUUUGAAAUGGUUUGUUAUUAAUAAAUAUUUUAAAUCUCUUAUCGGCC